GGAAGGGGCGGGUCCUGCUGAGAGGCGGAGGUGGAUAGCUGAGACUGGGAGAGACUGAAGAGCUGCAGACAGUUUGGGCUGAACUAGCUGAUCAACACAGGUUCUGAUCUUUGGGCACUCCAGCAGCUGUUCUCCAGCCCUCGCUUCUGGACCUAUGGAUUCUCCGCCUAGCGUUUCUUCUUGUUCCUCCUAUUCUCUCUCUCCCUCUUUCUCCUCCUCUCCAGUGAACAGUGACUGUGGCUUCCUCUCUGAUAGUGAGAGGGAGGAAAAGCGAGUCCAGGGGCCCAAGCCAGACACUGUUGGGCAGAGGGGAGGUUCCCAGGCCAGCCCAGGUCCCAUCCGUUGCAGGCAUCGAUCCAAAGUUUCCAGAAACCAACAUACAGCAUCUCACCUGGAACAGCGAGGCCUGGCUUCUCCAAUGGCAGGAUCUGGGGUGAAAAGAUCAAGAGACUGUGAUUUGGAGGCCAAUCUAAACGUUCAGGGUUGUACCACGGAGGGAGACCUGCUCUUUGCUCAGAAGUGUAAAGAACUCCAAGGAUUCAUUCGGCCCCUCACAGACCUACUGAAUGGGCUAAAGAUGGGUCGCUUUGAGAGAGGACUGAGCAGCUUCCAGCAGAGCGUGGCAAUGGACAGGAUCCAGCGCAUUGUAGGUGUUUUGCAGAAGCCAGAGAUGGGGGAGCGUUACCUAGGAACUCUGCUACAAGUGGAAGGGAUGUUAAAGACUUGGUUUCCUCAUAUAGCUGCCCAGAAGUCAUCACUGGGUGGUAGUAGGCAUCAGGUGACCAAGCAUUUUCAAAACCACCACAGUGAUUCAGCUGCUUCCUGUCCUGUACCUCCUAUGGGAAAGAUGGACCAGACAAAGCUAGGACAUUUAGUUUUGAAAUCAAAGCAGCCUUGGCACCUCUCAGAGUGGCCAGCCAUGAACCUUACCUGGAUCCACACUGCUCCAAUUUGCAACCCUCCUCUUGGUUCCCCAGGUACCAUUUCCUUUAGCCAGGGUCCUUUAGGCGCUGGAACCAGCAUUGGCCUCAUCCUUUUCCUCCAGCAUGGAGAGCAGCCCUUUACCCACUCUGCCCCAACCACUCCAGUCCCACCUACUACAGCAUCUUCUGUCAUCCUUGGUGAUCCUAAGAAACUGUCUGGAGAGGGGCCUCGCUGCCGCAGUUUGCCCAUAGCUCUGCCGUCAGACUGGAGCUGCAAGCUGUGCCCUCCUGAUGCACCCACCACAGCCAGAGAGGUGAGCAUGGGACACCUGGAGCAGCAAAUGAGAUGCCAUUCUCCGGUUGCUCCGGCUGCCCAUUUCCUAAGCCCCUGACCCAGGCCGUGUGACUGCCACUCUGAUUUUCAAUUUGUGUAAAUAGACGUAUGUAUAUUUUUUACUUUUAAUGUGUGUAUUAAUGUUGGGAAGAUAAAUCCUUUCUGAUUAAAGAAACUUUUUACCUAAA